AUGGCGGCCGGGGGUCCCGUCCAGGAGCUCUGCGAGGAAGCCACUUGCUCCAUCUGCCUCGACUUUUUCAGCGAUCCGGUGACCAUUGCAAAGUGCGGGCACAGUUUCUGCCGAGCCUGCCUGACCCGCAGCUGGGGGGCGUCGGGGGCGAAGGUUUCCUGCUGCCCCCAAUGCAGAGGAACAGCACAGGAGGGGACCCUCUGGCCGAACCAGCAGCUGGCCAACUUUGUGCAAAUAAUAAAGAAACUCAGUCCUUUGGAAGGGAAGGGGGCAAGAGGAAGAUGGGGAGUCUGCGAGAAGCACCAGGAGCAUCUGGAACUCUUGUACAAGGGCGAGGAAGCCCCCAUCUGCGUGGUCUGCGGAAGAUGCAAGGAGCACAGAGAUCACAGGGUGACUCCUCUGGAGGAGGCUUUCCAAGAAAAUAGGGCAAUCGUGGCUGCUAGAAAAGAGAGAUUUUGCCAGAAGCACCAGGAGCCGCUGAAGCUCUUCUGCAAGGACGAUGAAGCCCUCAUCUGUGUGGUCUGUGACCGAUCCAAGGAGCACAGAGAUCACGAAACCCUUCCUCUUGAGGAGGCCUCCCAGGAGUACAAGGAUCAGUUCUGCAACUGUCUGGAGAUACUGAGGCAGGUGAGAAGAGGAAUUGUGGCCUAUAAAGGAGACAUUGUGAAGGAAAGCCAAGACCUGCUUUCGCAAACUACAGAAGAGAAGCAAAAGACGGUAGCCAAGUUCAGGCAACUGCGCACAUUUCUGGAGGAACAAGAGAAACUUCUGCUGGCCCAGAUGGAAGAGGUGGAGAAGGAGGUGGCAAAAAACAGGGACCAGCACCUCGCCAGCAUCUCUGCGGAGCUCUCUUCUCUGGACAAACUCAUCUGGGAUAUGGAGGUGAAGUUAGGGCAGCCGGCCAAUAAAUGCCUGCAGGACGUCCGAAGCACCUUGCAGAGGUAUGAAGAAAAGAAGGAGUUUCAGAAUCCGGUGACUUUCCCUCCUGCAUUGAAGUGGAGGAUCUGGGACUUCUGUGACGUCAGUCCUUGGUUGGAGGGUGUCAUGAAGCAGGUGAAAGAAACUCUGGAACCUGGACUUCAGCUGCACAAAGCAAAUGUGACUCUGGAUCCAGACACGGCCCAUCCCCAACUCGUCCUGUCUGAAGAUCAGAAAAGUGUGAGACUAGGAGAAACAGCUCAAGCUCUGCCCAGCAAUCCUGAGAGAUUUGACACAUAUGGUGCCGUGCUGGGCCAGGAGGGAUUCACAGCAGGCUGCCAUUUCUGGGAAGUCCUUGUGGGAAGUGAUGAAGAAUGGAUGGUGGGGGUGGCCAGAAAGUCCGUGAGGAGGAAGGGAAAGAUUAACUUUUCUUCUCUGGAAGGGAUCUGGCUAAUGGGGAAGUGGGGGGGCUGCUACUUUCCAAUAAAAGGCAAUGCCUUUCCCUUGACCAAGGAGCUCAAGAGGAUCCGUGUGAAACUGAACUAUGAUGGGGGGCAAGUGGCCUUUUUCGACGCUGACCGAGCAGCCCUUCUCUAUGAGUUCUCUGGAGCCUCCUUCUCUGGAGAGACCCUCCUGCCCUUCUUUUGGGUGCGUUUAAAAGGCCACCUCCAACUCUCUUAA